UAGUACCGCCCAAAUCCAUUUUGAAAAGUUGCCCCAUUUUGCUUCUACCAAAUCUCUUCUUCCUCCUUUUAUCAUCUGCAGUGAAACUCUUCCAUCUCUCGCUAAUCGACCAAUCAGCAUCAAAUUGUAAAGUUGAAUACUGUUCAUAAUGACGGAAUCAAGAGAUAGAUUGUCAAGGGCUAUUGACAUUGCCGCCGUGUUUUCUCGUAGACGGUCAGGGGCUCUUGGAUUUUAUCUAGACCAACCCGACCUUGAAUCUGCCUUGUCUCCGAUUCGUCGACCAAUUGCAGCGGCUCGAACGGUUACAGUGGGUGCGAGUCCUAUUAGCCGUGGAAGGGGCGGGUUAGGAACUCCAAGGAUUCGAAAUACGCACGGAACGUUGGUCAGAGAGAACACUCCAGUUGCGAGUCUGAGGCGGGGGAACGGAAAUGGAAGAGGUCGUAUCUUACCUUCUUGGUAUCCUAGAACGCCUCUUCGAGAUAUCACUGCUGUUGUUAGGGCAAUUGAAAGGAGAAGAGAGCAUUUGGGAGUUGGCAGGGCCCAGGAAAUUGAGAGCCCAGUGCCCCACGCUUAUGGGGUUCAUGACUCUUCACCAUCACCAGUUGCUGCUCAUCUCGAGCACGGUAACACUAUAAUGUCUCCAAUUCCAAGUCUUGAAGUUAAACGCUGUCCUCCAACUGUGGGCAAAGUUCCAAAAAUUCUGCUUGAUAUUACAAAUCAAGCUACAGAAGAUUCAGAGUUUCUAACACCUCAGAAGAAGCUACUGAACUCAAUUGACACAGUUGAAAAGGAAGUAAUGGAGGAAUUGCGGAAACUGAAAAGGACUGCAAGUGCUAAAAAGGCAGUGAGGGACAAAAAAGUUCGAACUCUUAUGUCAUUAAGAUGAUCACUAAUCUCCUAAUGAUAGCACUGAUUCUUCAGAUCAGAAAAUGUGGAAUAGGGAGGCAGGGCCCUAAUGACAUACCUGUGCAAUGAGAAUGAUCAUCUACUGGUGAUACCUUAUGCACGUUGAGACUAAUCAUCUCCUGAUGAUAUCUUUUGAAGAGUCUUGAACUUGGAACUUGGUACAGAGCUCUUAAUUUUUUGAUUGUCUUAGUAGGCUGCCUUGACUUCUCGCUUAAGGCCUCGGCGUAGGGUAUGGUAGCAAUUUUCCUAGUAACAGGCAUUGCUGAAGGACUUCUAGUGUAGGAUUGUUUGCAAAAUUUUGUGCAUUCUCUUGUUGGUUUCCUUUGAUAGUUGCCUGCAUUCUUUUAAGUGAGUGUAGGGUAGUUCCCUAGUAUUUUUUGUCAGAUGUACAUAAAAUCUAGAUUGUUGACACUUGGCAACCGAAAAAUGUUGAAUUCAGAAUAUAUUUUGCGUAUGUACUAACACUUUUCAAGGAUGAUAUGGUAACAUUUGUUCUGACCA